UUGGGAAAUUUUAACUUCCGGGUGACACGGGAACGCAACACAGGCACUCCGAUGGAAGGUGAAUGAGAAGCUAAGCUUGUUUACAUAGCUGACCGAGCUACAAUGCUUAUAAGAAUCACGUUAUGUUUGCCAAAUAUUAAGACGAAAAUAGCUUGUGAGGGAAAAGCACCGUAAUACCUAAUGCUCGGUGACGGUCAAUUAAGGCAAUAUUCCUAAAUGAGCUCAAGAGGCCUUUGAAUCCGCGUUGUUUGGGUGAGUCCGAGGAUUAAGGUGAUAACACCUUGCAGAUCCCGGAUCAUUGUACAGCCUGUAAGGCGAGGUUGUCCAUUAUUCUGACGGCUGGGAGCUAACCAUGUCACAAUUGGGACCCCCUCCCCGAUGGCGGAAUUGUCCCAGAAGAGGACAACCAGUGGCAGGUAAAUUCUUGCCUAUGAAAACUAUGCUGGGUCCCCGAUAUGAUGACCAAGUUGCAGAGGAGAACCGAUUUUACCCGAGCAUGCUGUCUAACUACUUGAAGAGUCUAAAUGUAAAAAUGGGUUUGCUCGUGGAUUUGACGAACACGACCCGCUUCUACGACCGCAACGACAUUGAAAAGGAAGGGGCCAAAUACUUUAAACUACAGUGUAAAGGUCACGGAGAAUGUCCUUCUGCAGAGACGACUGCUACCUUCGUCCGACUCUGUGAACAUUUCAUAGAGAAGAAUUCCACGGACCUAAUAGGUGUCCACUGCACUCAUGGGUUCAAUCGGACGGGCUUUUUGAUAUGUGCUUAUCUGGUGGAGAAGAUGGAUUGGAGUGUGGAAGCAGCCGUCGCAGCUUUCGCCCAGGCCCGGGCCCCCGGGAUCUACAAGGGUGACUACCUCAAAGAGCUUUACCGUCGUUACGGCGACGAGGAGGACGCGCCCGCCGCCCCGACGCUGCCCGAGUGGUGCUUUGAGGACGACGCCGGGGAAGUGGAUGACGACGGCAGCGCGCCGAAGCAGGAGUCCGGGCCCAGCUCGUCCGGGUCGACGCUCGGAAAGAGAAAGAAGGAGAAGCUCAAACUGGGCGCUGUAUUCCUCGAAGGCGUCACGGUGAAAGGUGUCACACAGGUCACCACGCAGCCCAAACUAGGCGAGAUCCAAAGAAUGUGUCAAGAGAUGGCCGAGUGGAACAAAUCUGGUUUUCCUGGUGCUCAGCCUGUGUCAAUGGAUCGGGAAAACCUUAGUUUCCUCGAGCAGCGUCCCUACAAAGUCAGCUGGAAAGCUGACGGAACCCGGUACAUGAUGGUGAUCAACGGGCGAGAUGAAGUUUUCAUGAUUGACAGAGACAAUACGGUCUUCCACAUAGCCAAUUUAGAGUUUCCUUUCCGGAAAGAUCUACGUGUCCAUCUUGCAAAUACUCUUUUGGAUGGGGAGAUGAUCAUCGACAAGGUGAAUGGUCAGCCCGUCCCUCGCUAUCUGAUAUAUGACAUCAUCAAAUUCAACGGACAAAGCGUGGGUCAGUGUGAUUUCAAUAGACGCUUGCUAUGCAUGGAAAAAGAGAUCAUUUCUCCACGGAUGGAAAAGAUGAAGACCGGACAGAUUGACAAAACGAAGGAGCCCUUCAGUGUUCGAAAUAAGCCGUUCUUCGACAUUCAGGCAUCACGCAAGCUCUUGGAAGGCAGUUUUACAUCGCAGGUCAGCCACGAAGUUGAUGGCCUCAUCUUCCAACCAUGCGGGAGGUACAAGCCCGGCAGGUGUGAUGACAUCUUGAAAUGGAAGCCCCCAAACCUCAACUCGGUGGACUUUCGCCUCAAGAUCACAAAAGUCGGAGGAGAAGGGCUGCUGCCUCAGACCGUCGGCUUGCUUUACGUCGGCAACUACGAUCGGCCCUUUGCAAAGAUGAAGGCCACGAAAGAGCUCAAACUGUACGACAACAAGAUCAUCGAGUGCAACUUUGCCAACAACAGCUGGGUGUUCAUGAGGCAGAGGAUAGACAAGAGCUUCCCCAACUCCUACGACACAGCCAUGGCGGUAUGCAAAAGCAUCCAGGAACCCGUCACCAAGAAAAUCUUGUUGGAAUACGUGGACCGUUGCCCUCAAGCAGUCCAAGCCCAAACCCGUAAACACCAAACAGACCCGGAUUCUGAGCUAAUGCCCCCUCCCCCUCCGAAAAGACCCAACCGGUCCAUCCAAUAGACUCUACUGUAGUGAACCAGGUCUGGCCGCUCUGGACUUUUCUUCAACCGUUGAUCAUCCUUAUCACCAGCCACCACCUGCCUAAUGGAAAAUCCUAUUUUAAGGCGUCCAUAUCCACCCACCAACCUGUCUGUGUGGUUACAUUUAAUUGACCUUGUUUUAUUGUUUGUAGUUUUAUUUGCUGGCGUCUUGUUCAAAUAAACCAAGAAAAAAAAAAAAAACAUGUUGAUUUUAAUUCUGAGCCAUUUGCGAAGAUGGUUGAUUGCCUUUUUUGUAUUCGAUUUGCUUUGAAAUUUUACCCACGUUAUUAAAAAAAAAAAAAGAUGUCACUUUGUUUCUGCCUCUGCAAGGUUUUGAUUUUUCCAACGAAAAGGAGAGCACAAAACAGAUCUGGCUUGGAUGUGAAGACUCCAAGUUGUCCAAAUGAAGGCCAUCUGUAGAUUUAAAGGCUACACAGAUGGGCGGGGAUGUAACACAGUGAUGACACACACUUCACAGACAGGACAAGUGGAAAAUCAAUCUGCUCCCCCCCCCCAAAAAAAAAAACUACAGCAGAAUCUGCUUUUAUUUAUUUAUUUAUUUUAUCUGAAAUGGAGUUUCCUUAUUUGACACCGGAUGGAUUGAUUUGACCAUUGGUGAUUAUUAGAAAUGAUAUUGUAUUUUUUGAUGGAUUUGAAUGAAAAUGAAAAAGUCUUUGGUGUAAUGGAAAUGAUGAUCAAUGUUUCACGAUGAUAAGUGAGUAGGAAGUCCAUCGUAAUGUUUACAUGAGACACCGCAAUCAAGACUUGUGCGCCGAGUCGGAAGACGAUGUCACCGAGAAUGCUAAUCCAGCGAGACUUGUUGGAGAAGCAGAAUAAAUCUGCCCAGAUGAGG